ACAUCGCUGACCACUAAAGACAGAACUGUAUCAGCGUGUUCGGUAAACGAAACACUAAAAUUUCACCAUGCACUCUCACACCAUUUUUUUCAUCGUGUUUGGAAUUAUUGCAGCAGCAACAGCUGCUCCAGUACCAGGUGGACACAGCAGUCAUCAUCACGUAAAAAUCCACGUUCCCUAUCACGUGCACACUGUUCAUCAUCAUCACGUGAAGAAAAUUCCUUAUCCAGUUCAUCAUGUUGAAAAAGUUCAUGUACCCGUUCACGUACCAGUUCAUCACGUUGAAAAGGUUCAUGUUCCAGUACCAUACAAAGUAGUGGAAAAAGAAUACGUGCCUGUUCCUAUUCAUGAAAAACACGAGGUUCCCGAACAUCAUGGAGGAUGGUGGGAUUGAGACUGAUCUUUCGAAAAAAAAGACAAAGUAUUUAAACCCCAAAGUGGUUCUCAAAAAUCCGUCUUGACAACAACGAAAUUUCGACAAAAAUUUAGUGAAAUUUUCAAACUCAGUCAAAAAUCCAAAAAAAAAAUCAAGUACAAGGUGAUAUAAAUCUCCCGCAGCUAAGAUAGUUAAGAACUUAAUUAUAGGUCACGAUACAUGAAUAAUUAAUUCAUGAACAAAAUGCACUCGCUCACUAUGCUAUUAUCAAACAAUUGUACAUAUAAUAUACGAAUUUUAUUUUUGUACUGCAUGCAGAUAGUUAAAUAAAGCGCU